GCAGAGGAACAGCCUUUUUGUCAACCAGUUCCAGUUUCUAUUUUCAAGGUCUGUGCUUUUAUCUUGGCAUUAUUGUGGACCCUGCGGAACCAGGCAUCUUGUCAAAAGCUUCACUGUGGUGGCCUUUCCCCUGUUUUCUCAGAAUCGUUUUAGGUGUUAAGCUUUGUUCAGUGGAUAGGAAACAGAUAAGUGCAUCCUAUGGUGUCCAUUCAUUUCGCUCUAAAGUUGUUUCUCCGCUUAACAAAGAUGAUUUGCUGCAAAGUUGUAUAUAAACUCCAACAAGGGGUUUGUUACAUGGAACAGAAGGAAAUAUUAAAGUGAAGUUUCAAAAGUUUCAAAAAAUUAUUAUUAUUAAAACAUGUAACACCUACAUUAAACUGGUGUAAUAAUUAAUAUCCCCCCAGUGUUCUUAAUAGAACCCGUAACACCUGUCAGGAGUAUUAAUACUAAAUGUUAUGACUGUAAAAGAGUCUCAGUUAUAUAAAUCUCAAUUAUAUUAUCACAUGAUUGUAUGGCGAAUUUAACUUUUUAUGGUUUUUGUUGUUGUGUAGCCUACUUCACUUGUUCUUAAGGUAAGUAUCACAAAGUGACUACUGUAGGCAGUACAUCAACGGUGCUAACCUUCAACAGUUGUUUAAAAUUGCUGCUGCAUUUUUCACUGGUAGAUCACCAGUGUUGCUGACUCACAAUUCACUGCUGCAACUUGUUGAAGACUACAAUGAUUUUUUCAACUGAAUAAUUCAUGAGUUAGAGAAGAGCUGCAAAGGGCUGACAAAGAAGUUCCCUGUGAAUUUCUAUAUGAGAUUACACCAACCAGCUAAACUUAAGUUUAUCAAGUAACUAGAUCGAGGUGAUGACGUAUCUGCCAUAACACAUUAUGAGAUCAGAAUAAAUUAACAUCAGUGCAUAAAUGAACGGUUCAAUAACAAUGUCUUUUUCAACACCGAGAACCAAGAAAUGACCAGGUCUGGCUGUACUCUCAUGCGAGAAUGUGGGAAGUUUACUGGAGUUUGCUGACUUCUGAGUCCAGAGCCAGAGCCUGCUGUGCAGCUACCUCUUAAUAUAAUUGAAGAAAUAAUUUAUUGUGAAGGUUUCACGGGUGACCAAACUUCUGUGGGACGACUAGUGUUCUUAAUGAAAAAUGUAAGGGUCCGACAGGACAUAAUGAGAGAAGCCAGUGCUCUCCCAACUGGACAACGCAAAAUUCAACAAGGCAUUUAGGAUGCAAAGGCAGGCUAACUGCAAGCAAUUUUGGAGCAGUACUGAAGGCCAAAAGAGUUACUCAAGUCCUUACAAAGCGUCUGCUUGGAGAAUACGAUCUAAGUGGAUUCCAUACCAUUGCAUGGGGUGUUAACAAUGAAGAAAUGGCAAUAAAAGCUUUCACUGCAUUGACUGGCGUAGUACCUGUUAAGGCUGGAGUAUGGCUACCCGAAACUAGUGUUCUAGGGGCAUCUCCAGAUGGACUAGUAGGCGAUGAUUCUGUCCUUGAAUGCAAAUGCCCUUAUACUCACCGAAAUGAGACCAUUUUGGAAGCUGUCAAAGUUAAGGACUUGUGCUUGGAGAGCAAAUAUGGACAGUACGCCCUUAAGACUAGUCAUGUCUAUGACAGUGCUUACUUGGAAGCUCCC